CAAUAGCGGCGCGGCGCCCCUAUUGUCUUGGCGCCUGUGUGCGCCGCACACUUCGCACACAGGGGCGGCUCGGCCCUGCAUCGUGAUUCUUCUGGUUCUCUCAAGUUGUCCAUAGGAGGUCUCAGUAAAGUACCACAACUUUACUGAGACUCAAAGCAAAGGGUGGGAAGGGGUAUUAUCUAUCAUCCUUCAUUAUUAUCAUUACUUGAUCUCAUUUUGUAACUCGUAUCACAUAAAUACUUGAAAAUAGCACAAACACAGAAUAUGGAUUAGAGCACAAAUCACGUCGCCCUCGACGUGUAUUGCCAACAUCAUCAAAAAAGAAGAAGAAGUAUAUUCAUUUUAAUAAUUCAAAGCAAAAAAGGCUUAUUACAUCUGAAUUGUCAAAAAAUGACAGCUGUCAGAAUUCCGUCAAUUUCCGUCGAAACUCGAAUUAAAAAUCUGACUUUUUUAGUCUGUCUCUGUGCUGUGGCCCGGUACGAAAUUAAACCUUUUUUUUUAGACAAAUGCUCUGUUAUAAAAACAAAAGAAAGAAGUAAAAAAUGUUGAACUUGAAAACUAAUAGCUUUUAAGACAAAGAUGGUAGAAGAACCUUCUAAAAAUGUUGACAAAGUUAAUGAUCCAUGACUGAAGUUGCUGAUUUAAAUGUAAAUUCAAAUUGAAUUUGUUUUUUAAUACUUAAUUUAAAAAAAUUGGUACAGAAAUGGCUGAGGAUGACACUGAAACUAAUUUGAACAUGAAUGGGACUGAUGAUAAUACUAAGGUUUUACAACCACUGAAAAGUAACAAUGAAGAAAAUAAAUAUUUUGAUAGUAAUUCAACAAAUAAAAUGGUAAUGGUACCUGGUGAAAUUAUGAAUGAAAUAUCACAAAGCAAUAAUAAUUUGAUUACAAAUGACUUAGAUUUGAAGCUAGAAACUGAUGCAGAGGUCAUGGAACCAUCUAUUAUUGUUAAUAAAAAUUCACAUGAUAGUUCAGACAAGAGUUUCAAUGUGAACAAUAAUAAUAUUGAGGUAAACAAACUGUCUAAUAAUAACAAUGAAAAAAGUCCUGACACCUUAGUCAGCAGCACAACUAAAGAUGAAGAUCAAAAUACUACCAUUUCUGAAGUAAAUAUUACAAAGGCACUAGACCCACAAAAUAAUUCAAAUUCAGACAACAGCAGUAGCAGCAAUACUAAGGUCGAAGUUAGUCUCGAGGUGAGAAGAAGUCCAGAAAAUUGUGAUAAAAAGAAUAACAUUUCAAUUGUAAAGUUAGAGCAUAUGAUGUCAAUAAAAGUGUUGUUAAAACGUACAAAGUACUAUGGAUGCGACAAAUGUAAUCUUGUAUUCUUCCGACCAAAGGAUGUAAAACUCCAUGCAGUAAAACAUAUACAACCUACGAAAAGUGUGGACGACGACGAUGACGUCGACGACAGAUUCGUGAAGCGUUUCUCGUGUGACGUGUGCGGGCGGCGCUUCGUGCAGCUUAGCACGCUGCAGGCGCACGCGGCGUUACACGAGCCCUUCCCGCACGCCUGCCCCUGCGGCGUCGGCUUCUACCGCGCGCACGACCUCCGCGCCCACAGGAACCUGCUGCACCUCGACCAGAUACAGCAGACGCUCGCAGCGCUCACCGAACGGGAACAGAGGGCGUUCAAACACGAGAUCUGGCAGCCGAACGUGCUUUACACCGUCAAAAAGGAACCGGAAAUUAAAGCCGAACCGGUCAAAAAAGCGAAAAAAGCCAGACGUCGGACCGGAUCCAUGACGGCGACGUACAGGUGCAAAGAAGAGAAUUUGAUAAUAGCAAACGACGACAAAACUUUCUCGUGCCCGACCUGCCGUAAGGUGUACAAAACGAAGCGCAACGUGGUGGUGCAUCUCGCCUCCCACGCCCCGGUGAAGCCGUACGCGUGCAAAUUGUGCGGUCAGAGGUUCACGCAAACGUCGGGGCUCUCCACGCACAUGAAGAUACACAGCGGCGUCAAGGAGUUCCGCUGCAGUUAUUGCGGAAAAGAAUUUCUAAGCCUGCACAAUAUGAGGAAUCACGAGCGGAUUCACACGGGGGUGAAGCCGUUCAAAUGCUCGUUUUGCCCCAAAGCGUUCAGCGACCCGUCGGCGCUCAAGCGCCACGAGCGCACGCACACAGGCGUGAAACCUUACGAGUGCAGCUUCUGCGGGAUGAAGUUCAGCGACGCCAGCGGGCUCAUCGUGCACCGCAAACGGCACAGCGGCACGAAAGACGUCAAAUGUCCGCAUUGCCCCAAAUAUUUCUGGAAUAAAAACGCCUUAAAUGUACACCUCACCGUUCACAGAAACGAAAAGAACUUCGAAUGUCGAAUAUGCUCCAAGAGAUUUUCGCGGAAAUGUUACCUCAAAUUACACUUGGGAAUUCACGAAGAUAAAAAAUUUGAGUGCGACUACUGUGGGCACCUUUCUGGGAACAAACAUAAUUUAGCAACCCACAUACAAAUUAAGCACAUGCAUAUAUUUCGUACAGAAAGAUUUGAGUGCGACUACUGUGGGUUCCGGUGUAGAGUCAAACAUAAUUUAGUGAAGCACAUACAAAAUAUGCACAUGUGUAUGUUUCCUGAUAAAGUUAAACACUACACUGUUGGGAAUGAGGGUGUUCACAUGUGUAGUUAUUGCGAUGGAAAAUUUAAAAAGAAUGUUUUACUCAAGAGACAUUACAUGCAAGUUCAUAGCAAUGUAACGAGAUAUGAAUGUGAUGAAUGUGGUAAACGGUUUUAUUUGAAAUCGAGUCUUCGGUAUCAUAUAUUUUCACAACAUUCAACACUCUUGUAUUGCCAUACUUGCCGGAAGAGUUUCAUUUCAGAAUCCUGCUUGAAGAAACACAAAGCUAAAAAAAACUGUGUCUCUGAGUUCAAAUGUGAGAUUUGUGACAAGAUUCUAACGUCUAAGUCCGGUUUUGUAUCACAUUUGAAUGUUCAUACUGAAAAAUUGAAUUUUCAUUGCGACAUUUGUCCAAGCAAAUUUAAAACCAGAUCUUUAAUGCUUCGACACCUUAAAUUCAGUCAUAAAUAUAUUUACCAGACUAAAUCAAAACGUUCUAAAUAGUGAUGUUCAUUCAAUUAUUGAAAUACUUUGUAAACUUGUAAUUUUUCAAAACUGAAGUUCACGGUCCACUGCUCUAUUGUUACACAAGACAUUCCGAACUUCCGAAGUACAAUUAAUUUCCAUACCCAGCUUUUACUGUUGAUUUUAACAAAUACAUUUAAACUCAUGGACCCGUUCGAAAAAAAUUGCUUUUUUAUUUUUAAUGUCGUCGAACCCGUUGGGAAUCAAAGUUUGAACUUACAUUUUUUGAAAAUCAUAGAGGCUGAAAUAAUAGGACCUUUGGGAAUAAGCCAAAAUGUGGCACAUUGUUGUAAUCGUUAUGGAAUUUUGUUGGCAAAAGAACAGAUUAUACAUAAUAAAAGAUGUUAUUGUAUUCAAAUAUUAUAAAAUAUUAUUAUGAUCUGUGCGAUUGUUUUGAGAAGUCAAGUAAUACCCAUACAACAAUCCAGGCUAGUUGAUGACCCAGAGAAUACCUACUUUUCUCCCAUAAAAUUCCCAUAAAUGGUUAUGGCGAAAUAUUUUCGGCGAGUCAAUUGAUUAUUUUGGUUUCAAACUUAAAAAUCAAAUUUUAAUAUCAAUUGAAAAGUAAUAAGGGCUCUUUGGGCUAUAAUUGUGGUAUUUUAGAAUAGACGUGCCUUAUAAACUUAAUGUUAACUCAUUUAGAUAAAUAAAAACGAGGUUUUUAUGUAAUUAAUUGUCAAAAUCAUUUAGCUCGCCAUUUAGUCUAAUGAGAUAGGUACUUCGAGAAUGAGCAUUGAGUUACAUUGUAACUAUUUGGUAUAUUUUUUCCCUAUUCCUAGUGUAACAUAAAAUGGUGCAACUCAUCGGGGACAAAGCUAAAAAUUGUGUUCAUAAAUAAAUAUUAGGUUCUGAAUAAAUAUUAAUGCUCUCUCUCUCUUUAAUCUCCGAGAGCCAGUAACAUGAAAAAAUACUAGUUAUAGGACCUAUUUUUUAUUGUUGGAAUGAUAGAAAAAUCAUAUUAUCAAAGCAUAAAUCGUUUAUGUCAAACGUAUUAUUAUUCGCAUUCCACUGUGCUAUUGUUGUGAUUUUACGCAGUUGAAGUUUUGUUAUAAGACAAAUAAAUUUUGGAAACAUGAGAAAUGAAAUUGUUUAACCUUAUUAAUUAAAAAAUAUAUUAGGAAUGUUGUCUGUUCCAUUGUUUCCAUUUUAAUGUUAAAUUUUGAAUGAUAAUUAUUAUGGUUCAUCGUUGAUAUGAAUCUCAAGAAAUACGGAAUAGGUACUGUAUAGGUUUUAUAUCAAUUACAAUUAU